CGCUCUCUCUCACACACACUGAGCUCUCUCUCGAGUUUAUUUAUUCAUGUGACAUGAAUGAAACAGCACUAGGUGAUAAAUGCGACGUUUGUAAAGUUUGCUAUAGAAAUGGUGUCGUAUCUGGACUCGGGUGCGCCGGAGGAGGACGGUUCCUGUGCUCUCUGCUCAAUGUGACAGAGGAUCACGCCUUCGCCAUGGCUCAGGACCGAGGCAGGUUCGAUUUCUACAUCGGCCUGGCUUUGGCCAUCAGCUCCAGUUUGUUUAUCGGAGGAAGUUUCAUCCUGAAGAAGAAAGGGCUGCUGAGACUCGCCCGGAAAGGCUCGAUGCGAGCAGGUCAAGGUGGACACGCAUAUCUAAAAGAAUGGCUAUGGUGGGCGGGGCUUUUAUCAAUGGGUGCUGGUGAAGCUGCAAAUUUCGCAGCUUAUGCGUUUGCCCCCGCGACGCUCGUCACUCCGCUCGGGGCUCUCAGCGUGCUCGUGAGCGCCGUGCUCUCUUCCUACUUCCUGACGGAGAGGUUGAACCUGCACGGGAAGCUGGGCUGUCUGCUCAGCGUGCUCGGCUCCACCACCAUGGUGAUCCACGCGCCGCAGGAGGAGGAGAUCGACAGCCUCAAAGACAUGGCCAAGAAACUGAUGGACCCAGGCUUCGCCGUCUUCGCGACGUUCGUCAUCAUCGUCGCGCUGAUCUUCAUCUGCGUGGUCGGCCCACGUCACGGCCAAACCAACAUCCUGGUGUACAUCACCAUCUGCUCGGUGAUCGGCUCCCUGUCCGUGUCGUGCGUGAAGGGUUUGGGCAUCGCCAUCAAGGAAGUGAUCGCCGGACAGCCGGUGCUGACGCACCCUUUAGCGUGGCUGCUCCUGGCGAGCCUGGUGGUGUGCGUCAGCACGCAGAUCAACUACCUGAACAAAGCGCUGGACAUCUUUAACACCUCUCUGGUCACGCCCAUUUACUACGUCUUCUUCACCACGUCGGUGCUCACCUGCUCCGCCAUCCUGUUCAAAGAGUGGGAGCACAUGGGCUACGACGACGUCAUCGGCACGCUGAGCGGCUUCUCCACCAUCAUCGUGGGGAUUUUCCUGCUGCACGCCUUCAAGGACGUCAACGUGAGUCUGGCCAUGCUGGCCGUGAGCAUCAGGAAGGAGGAACGCAACGGGAGCGUCGCCAACGGCGUCGGGACGCACGCGCAUUCCGCCUACGAGCUCCUCCGGGACGACGACGCGGAGAUGGGCUCCACGUUCGACAGCGUCUCCAGGAGAAACGGCAGCACCGCCAUGUCUUAGGUUUCGAACUAUAUUCAAUAAUCAACUGUGUGAUGGUUUAGUAUUUUUCUUUCUUUCCUUUUCUCUUUUAAAAUCAGAAGACAAUCAAAAAAAAAAAAA